AUGUCGAACAAGCCUAUCUUUGUGGCUGCGCAUCCGCGCGCAUGCUCUACUGCUUUUGAGCGGGUCUUCAUGACUCAACGCGACACCAUUCAGUGCGUCCAUGAGCCAUUCGGUGACGCUUGGUACUACGGUCCGGAGCGUCUGGCCGACCGCUUUGAAGAUGACGAACAGGGUCGUCGGGACAGCGGAUUUAGCGACUCGACAUAUCGCACUGUGAUGGAUAGACUGGAACGUGAAGGCUCAGAGGGAAAAAGAGUCUUUAUCAAGGACAUUGAUGCCUACCUACUUCCGCCCGGUGGGAAGCCUGCAAGCAUAGCCCCCUCACUGCGACGUAUCAAGCGCGGUGUAGGCACCGACAACGACUCCCACCAGGCCAACGGUGUAACCCACACCAACGGCCACGCCUCCGUCAACGGUACAAAUGGUACCUUGAACGGCACGGCGAACGGCGUGACCAACGGUGUCAACGGUCACGCCAACGGUCACAGCGAGACUAACGGUGUUGUAAAUGGUAACGAUACCAAGCACACGCCGUACCCGUACAACACGCCCAAAGAACCAGGAAACCCCACCGUGAUGCCGCGCGAGAUUCAAGAGCGCUUUCACUGGGCAUUCCUGAUUCGGGACCCGCACCACAGUAUCCCGUCAUACUACCGGUGCACAAUCCCGCCCCUGGACAAAGUGACAGGGUUCUACAACUUCGACCCCAAAGAGGCGGGGUACAACGAGUUGCGUCGUCAUUUCGAGUAUCUGCGUCGUGAGGGUCUUGUCGGUCCUCGUGUUGCCAUGCGACCUGAUCUCUCGCCUGAGGCUGGUUCCGAGGCAGAUAAGGAGACUGUUCAUGAGAUUUGUGUCGUUGAUGCAGAUGACAUGCUCGACAAGCCGGCGGCGACUAUCGAGGCAUUUUGUCGUAGUACCGGUAUUCCUUAUUCGCCUUCCAUGCUGGCGUGGGAGACGGAGGAAGACUAUGCGUUUGCGUGUGAGGCUUUUGAGAAGUGGCGUGGUUUCCAUAAUGAUGCUAUUGAGUCGAAGAGAUUGACUGCCAGAACUCAUAAACAUGCUCCGAAGACUGAGGAACAAUGGGAUGCUGAGUGGUUGGAGAAAUAUGGACCCAAAGGCGCAGCUCUCAUUCGCACGACUGUCGACCAGACCAUCGAUGACUACCUGUAUCUGAAGCAGUUUGCCAUGAAGGUCUAA